GGAGGUAAACAAAGAAGGACCAUCAUCGUCAUCAUCAGGGCUAAGGGCAGCCAUCCUGCUUCUCUUGAAUCCUUAUAAAUACACCAAAAACAAGCCACAAAUCAACAACGGAGGACACAGAGGGGAAAUAAAAGGAGUAAAAGAAGAGAAUAAGGCGUAAAAUAAAGGGUCCCAGGAUGCCCGACUACGUGGAGACGAAUUUUGACGAGCGCAGCGGCUUUGUGCCAUGCGAGACAGAGUGGGGAAGGUGGUGGCAGACGGUGGCCGAGGUGCACGUGGAUGUCAAAGUGCCGGAGGGGACGCGCUCCAAGGUGAUUCAGGUGGAGGUGCGGCCGUCACACAUCAAGGUGGAGGUGGCGGGGAAGAUGGUGUUUGAGGGCACUCUGUUUGGGGUGGUGCGCGGCGACGAGACAGUUUGGACGCUGGAGGACCGGAAACUCGUACGCAUAGUGAUGACGAAGGCCGACACCAACACCAAGGAGAACGUGUGGGAGGGGCUGCUGAAAGAACGGUUCCUCGCCGACCCCUUCGUCCUUCAUGAGAUGCGUAAGAAGUUGGACCUCGAGCGUUUCCAGAUGGAGAAUCCCGGUUUCGACUUCAGCGGAGCGAAUCUGAAGAAGAGCUACGACAAGGUGCCAAACUCCAUCCUGCAGCAGUGGGAGGAGAAGAAGAAGAAACAGCAGCAGGAGGAGACAGGGGCGGCCAAGAGUGAGGGGAGCUGAGGAAGAGGAAUGAGUUGGCAGCAUAAUAUUAAAACCUUGAUAGAAAGUCCCGUGAAUAUGUUUUGUUGUAGUUUUGUUUAAUGUUCAUGUGUGUGUGUGUGUGUGUGUGUCUCUCUCUCUUUCUCUCAUUCCAUAUAGGUUUGUUUUGCUUCCUUGGGUUUGAAUAUGUAUUAGAAUUCUUUGUUAUAACAC